UAUUGAGCAUGGCUUUCGGCCAUUAACAAUAAGAUCUUAUUUGUAAAUUGUAACCUAUAAACUUAGAUUCUUCUAAAACUUAUUCGUAUUGCGAUUAGUCAUUCGUAAACUGCGUGAAACUCGACUACCUUUUUUUAGCAAUUUUUAACGCUUAACAUAUUUAAUAUAUAUUUAUACAAUGGACGAAUGUGACGAGUCGUCGGACAUUGAAAUGCUGUCUAUGGAGGAAAUUGUACAUGUUGAGGAGAAACCAAGUGAUCCUUCUAAGGCUACUACUCUAGAAACAGAAUCACGGGUACAUACGCUGGACAAUUUUUCCAAUAGAUCUAUUGGCAUAUUUACAACAGGUAUAGAUAUAUUCAGUAAGGAAGAGAGACUGAAGAUGGAAGAACGAGCAAAGCGUUUUGGCUUAACAGAGAAACUUGAAAAUUUACUAUCUAAUCAAGAAGAAGAUUUAUACAGCAGUAUGGGUAUCACAGAUAAUGGUGAAGAUGCAAGAAAUGUUAGGUUAAAUGUUAUCCACGUCAGAGGAACUAAAGAAAUGAGUACCAAAGAUGUGUUGAAAUAUUUUCAAGAUUAUGCUCCACAGUCUAUUGAAUGGAUCAAUGAUAUUUCAUGCAAUGUAGUUUGGUUUGACAACUUAUCAGCAGCCAGAGCCAUGUUAGGAUUGUCGAAAAGAAUAGAGGGUAGUGUUGGAAAAUAUUCAGGUGGAAAUUGCAAUUCAGAGACCGACUCUGUAGAUAGGAAUGAUUGCAAAGAUGACAGUUUAAUAGCAAGUGGAAAACAUAAGUUUACCGAUACUAGCAGCGAUGGAAAGAAGGAAAAUUAUAUUAAUAUCAAAGAUAUCGAUCAUGCGUUACCCCCUGGUACAUGGAGAAAAGGAAUUGAUUAUCCAAAAUCUAAAGGGAUUUUUUUAAGAUUUGCCACUAGAAUGGAUAGAAAACAAGCAAAUGCAGAAAAAGUGAGUGAAUACUAUAAAAAAUAUGGAAAUCCUAAUUUUGGAGGUAUCAAAGGAAUCCUAACAGAGUCUCGUAAACGUAUGUAUAAACAAAUCCAACAAAACAAGCAAAACAAACACAGAUUGGCAGCUGAAAAAGAUCAAAAUCAAAUAAAAAAUCCGUGGGGUGCAUUGUCCGAAACAUGGGGUUUAAACGAUGUUGUGGAAGAUGACUUUCUUCCAAAAAACGAUCAGGACCAUGCACGUAGCAGCAUAAAAGACAGAUUGGGCACUAAGUCUUUUGAUAAGGAUAUGAUACAAGUGGUGGAAUCAAGAGAACUUAGCUCGAGCAGCGAUAGCGAGGAGAAUUGGUGUAAGCGAAGUAAAGUUUUGCGCAUGCGAAUGCAUGCCGAUGACGAGGAAAAGAAGCAGCAAAAGCGGCGAGCAAAGCUUCGAUAUCAGAUGAUCCUUAACAACUUAAAUAACAGUGGUGAUUUGCGAUCGAAACUGGGGAAAUCGAGGACAAAAACACAAUACCGUGAUCCUAUUCAAGUAGUAGUCACGAACACAAAUCUGACAAAAUCAAGUCCUUUAAAACAUGGGAAUAGUUCCAAGAUAGUAUGGAGACGAGAUCGCGAGAUAAUGAAGGAGAUUCAGCCAUCAGAAAGAGAAGAGGGAGAGUGGCAAGAGUCGGGAAACGAGGAUGAUGAGGAAAAGGAAGAUGAGAAGAUUGAACGAAACCAGCAUAGACAAUAUGUACUGAUGGAAGACAAUAAAAGAAGAAAGGAGGAAGAGAAAGAAGAAGAGGAAGAGGACGAAGAGGAAGAGGAGGAGGAGGAGGAGAAGGGAGAGAAAGGUGAACAUAGAGAAGAUGAAGAGGAUAGUGUUGAAGAAGACGGUAAUGUGCCUGCAAAGGAAGUUCAGGGUCCUAAAGGAAGUGUGAUAAAGGUAGUUCCAUCCAAGCCGCGUGUUGCUUCUACCGUAUGGGCAAGAUUAAAUUACAUAAGAAGUGAGAUUAAUGACAGCUACCUCAAAAACAGACAAUCGGGAAGCCAUGAUUUGAGAAAUACUUUGAAAGGCGGCGAUUUGCGGUCACGCAUUGGAAAUCACACUAGAGGACGAUCUCCGUUGAGAAUAGAAGUAAAAAACGACAAAUAUACAAAAAAUGAAAACAAUGGAGAAUAAUUGCAGUUUAAAUGAAUUAUAUGGAUCACUUAUUUAACAGUCCGAUAUUUGUAAAAAGCGCUCUUAUUAUACUGGUUUAUUGUUUUAAAAUAUUUCAUUUUUUCAUAACAUUUUAUAUCGUCUACUUAGAAUGUAAAAUCACAUAUCUGUGCAUGUAUACGAGCAUAUACGGUAUAUACGUUUGGCAUUACCCGAAUCACACCAUUGAAUAUAGACUUCGAUUUAAUUGAAAUAUUUUCAUUAUUAACUAAUAUAAAAAUAUCUUAAUUUUUAUAUAGAAUCAGAAUCAAUCAUUAAUCAAUCAUCAAUCAACC